CGUGAGAUCAACCUCGACUCAAAGCCAUCGCCGCAUCGUACUCGCUGCGGUUUGCGAUCCGAAUGUAGCUAUAUCAACAGCUUCCAUCAGAUUCUGCGCGCUUCACUUCGUGUUUGUCUUUAUCGCUGUCCUUCCCUCCCCCUCAUCACAAUGUCUGACGGUAAGUCAGCGCCAUCUUCCCCUCACGCGCAGUCGCUGAUGACUAUCGCAGCCGACAUUGAAGCAGUCAGACGGCUGCAAGCGGAGCGUAAUGCUGCCGCAGCUGCUAAGAAAGGUUCUAAGACCUUUGAUCCGUCCAGUCAGCGAACUGACGUCUCGACCAAGGCCUCCCUGACUGAAUCGUUUGAUACAACCCUCUACGACCGUGAUGGUCCCGAUAAGUAUGCAGGCUAUAACACAUCAAUCCCUGUCGAUGGGGAGGAUGAAGAUAUGCCCGAUGCUGACCAAGGGCAUCGCUUGGUUGGGCAGUAUACCGCGACGAGGGACCAGAUAGAUGAAAUGGCGCACGGAAAUGGUGUUGAGGAAGAUGACAUACUUCUGGGGCGUGAGAAAUCUGCCCGGAUUGCAGACCGUGAGACUGAUUACCAGAAGCGGCGCUUCAAUCGGGGCCCUCUCACGCCGACCAGAGCCGAUCCUUUCGCUGCGAACACCCAUGCGAACGUCGAGACUGACGGCCAGACCUAUAGAGAGGUUAUGGCUCUCCGUGAGCUGGAAAAGGAGGAGGAACGCGUUCAAAAGCUCAUCGCUGAAAGACGGGCGAACGGUGAAAAUGUGGUUGAGGAACACCAGGCCACUCUGAAGAUCGAAGAGAGUGAUAAGGAGAACCGCGAUGCUGGCUCUACAGUCUCUGUUGCAACCACUCGGAAGAGGAAGCAAAGGUGGGAUGUAUCCUCUGAGCCUACUGCUGCCCCAGAAACAGCCCAGCCUGCUGAAACAAAGCCCAAGAAGUCUCGCUGGGACCAGACCCCGGCUCCAGGAGCUCCCGAGGAACAACCCAAGCGGCGAUCAAGAUGGGACCAAGCUCCAGCAGCGCCGGCUCUAGGAGGCGCGACGCCUGUAGGAGCCGCUGGAUUGGCAACUCCCAUGCAUCCUUCGCAGCCGGCACCCAUGGCCUUCGGAACCGAUAUCUCCUCCCGCUACGCGCCUUUGUCAGAUGAGGAACUUGACAUGAUGCUGCCCUCCGAGGGCUACAAGAUCCUUGAGCCUCCCCCCGGAUACGCACCCAUCCGGACGCCCGCAAGGAAGCUCAUGGCCACGCCCGCACCUAUGCCCAGCGCCGCUGGAUAUGGUGGUUUUAUGAUGCAGGAGCCUGAAAGUGCUCGUGCUCUGGGGAAGCAGCUGCCCACCGAUAUCCCUGGUGUUGGUGAUUUGCAGUUUUUCAAACCCGAAGACAUGGCAUAUUUCGGCAAAUUAGUCGACGGAGCCGACGAAAACACGAUGUCCGUUGACGAACUGAAGGAGAGGAAGAUCAUGAGAUUGCUAUUGAAGGUGAAGAACGGUACUCCUCCGAUGCGAAAGACCGCCUUGCGUCAGCUUACGGACAAUGCACGACAAUUCGGCGCUGGGCCGUUAUUUAAUCAAAUUCUCCCUCUCCUCAUGGAGAAGAGUUUGGAAGAUCAAGAACGACAUUUGCUCGUAAAGGUCAUUGACCGUGUGCUCUACAAGCUCGAUGAUCUGGUUCGGCCUUAUGUGCAUAAGAUUCUUGUCGUCAUUGAGCCUCUGCUCAUUGACCAAGACUAUUAUGCUAGAGUGGAAGGUCGCGAGAUUAUCUCUAAUCUCAGUAAGGCUGCUGGUCUAGCUCACAUGAUCAGUACCAUGCGCCCUGAUAUCGACCAUGUUGACGAGUAUGUGCGGAAUACCACUGCUCGUGCCUUCGCGGUUGUUGCCUCUGCUCUUGGUAUCCCAGCUCUUCUUCCAUUUCUUCGGGCAGUGUGCCGCAGCAAGAAAUCAUGGCAAGCCCGUCAUACAGGUGUCAAGAUCGUGCAGCAGAUUCCUAUCCUGAUGGGAUGUGCUAUUCUGCCCCAUCUCAAGGGCCUGGUAGACUGUAUCGCAGAUAAUCUCAGUGACGAGCAAGCGAAGGUGCGGACGGUGACUGCUCUGGCUAUUGCCGCGUUGGCCGAAGCCGCCAAUCCAUACGGUAUCGAAAGUUUCGAUGAGAUCCUGAACCCUCUUUGGACUGGCGCCAGGAAGCAGCGUGGUAAAGGUCUCGCUGCGUUCCUCAAGGCGGUUGGCUAUAUCAUCCCUCUGAUGGACGAGGAGUAUGCCAACUAUUAUACCAGCCAGAUCAUGGAGAUUCUCUUGCGGGAAUUCUCUUCGCCUGAUGAGGAAAUGAAGAAGGUUGUUUUGAAAGUCGUCUCUCAGUGUGCCUCUACAGACGGUGUCACUGCAAGCUACUUGAAGGAGCAUGUGCUCAAUGACUUCUUCAAGAGCUUCUGGGUCAGACGUAUGGCUUUGGAUAAGAGAAACUACCGUCAGGUGGUCGAAACAACAGUUGAUCUUGGACAGAAGGUCGGCGCCGGUGAGAUCGUUGAGCGGAUAGUCAACAACCUCAAAGAUGAGAGCGAAGCCUACAGAAAGAUGACCGUGGAGACCGUCGAGAAGGUUAUUGCCUCUCUUGGGGCUGCGGACAUCUCCGAACGACUGGAGGAAAGGCUGAUCGACGGUGUUUUGUACGCUUUCCAAGAACAGAGCAUUGAAGAUAUUGUUAUCCUCAACGGUUUUGGCACAGUCGUCAAUGCUCUGGGCACGCGGUGCAAACCUUACCUACCACAGAUUGUGAGUACGAUCCUGUGGAGACUGAACAACAAAUCUGCGACUGUCAGACAACAGGCAGCAGAUCUCAUCUCUCGCAUUGCCAUGGUGAUGAAGCAGUGCGGCGAAGAUGCCCUUAUGGGCAAGCUCGGUGUCGUGUUGUACGAGUAUCUCGGUGAAGAGUACCCUGAAGUGCUGGGUUCCAUUUUGGGUGCACUCCGCUCAAUCGUCACGGUGGUCGGUAUCAACCAGAUGCAACCUCCUAUUCGAGAUCUGCUUCCUCGCCUUACGCCUAUACUGCGUAACCGACACGAAAAAGUGCAGGAGAACACGAUUGAUCUCGUCGGACGUAUUGCGGACCGCGGGCCGGAAUCUGUCAAUGCGCGAGAGUGGAUGCGUAUUUGCUUCGAACUUCUAGACAUGUUGAAAGCUCACAAGAAGGGUAUCCGUCGUGCUGCGAACAACACCUUUGGUUUCAUCGCCAAGGCUAUUGGUCCUCAGGAUGUGCUCGCCACGCUGCUAAACAAUCUUCGUGUGCAAGAACGUCAGUCCCGUGUCUGUACCGCUGUCGCUAUCGGUAUUGUGGCAGAAACUUGUGCCCCGUUCACAGUGCUGCCAGCUCUCAUGAACGAGUACCGCGUCCCGGAGCUCAAUGUCCAGAACGGUGUCCUGAAAGCCAUGUCCUUCUUGUUCGAGUACAUUGGAGAAAUGGCUAAGGAUUACGUUUACGCCGUUACUCCUCUCUUGGAGGAUGCACUUAUCGACCGAGACCAGGUUCACCGGCAAACUGCUGCCAGUGUUGUUAAGCACAUUGCUCUUGGCGUUGUUGGUCUCGGCUGUGAAGACGCUAUGGUCCAUCUCCUGAACCUCCUAUACCCUAAUCUCUUUGAAACCAGUCCGCACGUCAUCGACCGGAUCAUCGAGGCCAUCGAUGCUAUACGAAUGGCCGUUGGAACCGGUGUUGUCAUGAACUAUGUGUGGGCCGGACUAUUCCAUCCUGCUCGCAAGGUCCGCAACCCGUACUGGAGACUGUACAAUGAUGCAUAUGUCCAAGGCGCCGAUGCAAUGGUCCCAUAUUAUCCGAACUUGGAGGAAGAUGGCUUGGCCCGACCUGAAUUGGCGAUCGUACUCUGAUGAAAGAAUCACUUGCUGCUUGAUGAACACUGCCUUGUUUUCCUUAAAAUGCCAUUAUAUUACCAUGGGGCUUCCUUUCGAUCGUGUCUUCUGAGGUUGUAUUUCCUAAUAUUGAAGCGGGUUUUUCUCUUUCCAACGGGACGGAUGCACUGGGCAUGUUAUUUAGGUACUUUGAUACUUUGCAAGCAAAAUAAGAGCGGAUUAGCUUUGCUCUGAAUGAUAUAUCUUCGCA